AUUAAUGAGUGAUUAAAUGUCAAAAAAAAAAAAAAAAAGGAUUUUAUGAUAAACUAAUGAAGAAAGGCCUUUUAACCCUUAGAUUUCCACCCCUCUAUAUACCUUUCCUUUACUAAAAACGAUGCAUUUCUCCAUCUGAGAAGAGUAAAGAGCUCCAUCCCACAGAACCCCAAGACUGUUACUUUGGGGUUCCGAUGUCAAAUCCUACAUGGGUGAGUGUUCCGUCCAGCAACUUAUUUGACAUCGUGACCGUCCGAUGUGGGCACUGCUCCAAUCUAUUGUCCGUCAACAUGGCAGCUGCAUUUCAGUCACUAUCCUGGCAAGACAUUCAGGCACCCAACUACACUUCCCAAGAUUACAGGAAUAUUGAUCUUGGUUCUUCAUCCAAAUGCAACAACAAGAUGACCAUGCGACCACCGAUUGCAAAUACCACACAAGAAAGAGCAGUGAAUCGAACUCCCGAGAAGAGGCAGCGAGUACCUUCCGCAUAUAACCAGUUCAUAAAAGAGGAGAUUCAGAGGAUCAAGGCCAAUAAUCCAGAUAUCAGCCACAGGGAAGCAUUCAGUACUGCUGCAAAAAAUUGGGCACACUUCCCUCAUAUUCAUUUUGGGCUAAUGUUGGAGACAAACAACCAACCUAAACUUGAUGAGGGAUCUGGGAAGCAUCUAAUGCCAAGGGCUUCCCUACUGAACAAAUGAAAAUGUUGGACUUCAGUGGCAUUCCCAUUCUAAGGACAUAAAACCUAUAUUCUUCGUUGAAUUUGUCAUAAGUUGUUCAGAAGAUGCCAUAUUUAUGUCUUGCAGUAUUAAAGUAAACUACUUUCAUUUGUCAUUUUUCUUCAAUAUUUCCCCUCAUCAAUUUCAUAUAAAUUACUUUCAUGAUACUA